AUGGCGGAAAUUUUGGCCGAGAUUCAGGGAGGUUCGGACGUUGAUUUUGCCGACUCGUCUGACUCCGAGAGUAACAACGAUGCCGGCUCGGAGGAAGAGGCAUUAUUUACGCUGCGCAUGGAUCCCGUUCAUGACAGUGAUCAUGAAGGAGAUGAGGAUGCAGAUUAUGCCCCCCCACCACGCAGUUCCUCCAGGCGCCGACUAGUGCGGUCAGCAUCUGCAUCCUCCAGUUCCAGGUCCUCUUCCCCUGAUCGGCUGCCUAAGAGAGGUCGUGGUCGUGGUUGUGGCCGUGGCCAUGGCUGUGGUCCUGGCCGUAAAGGGCAAGCCAGCAAGCGGCCAAAACUGGCUGCUGGAGACUUUGGGCCUCAGCAGGAGCAAUGGAGGACAAAGGAAGAGCCAGAUGUUGAACCCGCAACACCACGGUUUGAGCCGAAACACCCACCUGGCCCCAAGAUUGACACCACUGUUGACUGGUCUCCCCUCAGCCUCUUCAAGCUGUUCUUCAGCAGCAGCAGUCUGCACAGCAUUAUAAACAACACAAAUGCCAAUGCUGCGCGGCGAUUGGCACAAGGUUCCAAAUAUAAGUGGUCUCCCCUCUCAGUUGACUCAUUUUACAUCUUUCUUUCAAUUAUCCUCUUCUUUGGCUUGGUACGUGUGCCCUCCAGGGCAGACUUCUGGAGGAGGGAGUGGCCAUACCAAUUUGUUUUCCCCAAGAGCAGCAUGUCCAGGGACCGAUUUGAAGCCAUCUUUUGGUCUCUUCAUCUGUCUGAUGUUGCAGAAGAUGAAGAGAAUGAAAGAAAGAGAGGGACACCUCAGUUCGACAGGCUGUUCAAAAUCAAGCCACUCUAUGGCGAGAUUGUGAAUGCCUGUAACUCCCUUUUCCAGCCAUACCAGAACAUCACAAUCGAUGAGAGAAUGGAAGCAAGUAAAGCCCGCAUUGGAUUCAGGCAGUAUAUGAAAGACAAACCAACAAAAUUCGGCUACAAAUUGUUCAUAUUGGCAGACUCUCAAACUGGCUACACCUUCAAUUUUUUUGUUUAUCAGGGUAAAGAUGAGAGCAAGGUCAAACAGAGGGGACAGAAGGAAGAAGGCCUCAGUGUCACAUCCGUCAUGGACCUGAUGAGGUUUGACAUCCUUGGAAAAGGAUAUCAUCUUUAUGUUGAUAAUUUUUACAGCAGUCCACUCCUUUUCAAUAAGCUUGCAAAAAAUCACACAGCAGCUUGUGGCACCAUAAGGACAAAUAGAGAGGGCUUUACAAAGACAACAAACAACAACCUCCCAAAGAAGCCUGAGAGGGGAGACAUGAGGUGGAUCCGUAAGGGCAACCUCCUCUUUGCACGUUGGAUGGACACUAAAGUGGUCAAUGUCUGCAGCACCUUUCAAAAGGCGUACAGCGGAGCCACUGUACUGAGGAGGGUGAAGAGGCCAGAUGGACACUGGCACAGGGCUCCUGUGGAUGUGCCUGAUGCAUGCAGGGACUAUAACAUCAACAUGGGUGGGGUGGACCUCUCAGACGCACUCAUCCACUAUUACUCUGUGCAUGGCAAGACAAUGCGGUGGUACAAGACAUUUUUUUACCACUUCAUUGACAUUGCUGUUGUCAACAGCUACAUCCUACACAAAGCUGUGAGCAGCAGUCACAACCAGACCCCCAUGUCCCACAAACAUUUCAGAGAGGUUCUGAUGAGGGAGAUGGUUGAGCAGGCUAAAGCUUUGGUUGCUGAAGCCACCCCCCGCCCGAGCCUCACCAACACCUGCAUGCCAGUGUUCAGAGGGAGCACUGGCACUCAGGACCGCAGGAAGUGUGUGGUCUGUGCAGCCAAGGAGAGGGAGAAAGCCAAGCAGACGCCGGGCUACAAAAUCAAGGACAUGAAGACACCCGUCUACUGCUCAAAGUGCAAUGUGUCACAUUGCCUUGUUCCUGACAGAAACUGCUUCCUUGAGUACCAUGGCAUGGGACUUCAAAAAUGGGCCUGCUGCUGGCAAGCCAUCCCUCCCACUCCCUUAUAG